UAAAUGCACACCGGAGUUGCCCCAAAGCCAGUUGGGAGCACAGUGCUCCAAGCCUGUGGAGGUGCAGACGUAAAUAAAUCCGAGGAUAAAAUGCAAUGCUCUGAUACUAAAGCCCCUAAGGGACUUUAUGCGAUACGCACUGCUGGCGCCGUCUGGCGUAACGCGCCUGGUUUGAAGCGUGCACAUUACUGAGCGCUCUCGGUUUGCUUCUGCAGCGUCUGUGCCGCGAUAAACUCGUUCGUAGAGGUAAUAACUGAUGGUAAGAAAUAUUCCGUUGUGAUGACGAAGUUACAACUGGACGAACUAAUGGCCGAUCCAGCAAAGCUGAAAGCAUUGGUCGCUUCUAUCGUGAACGCUUCAAAACGGCCAGCUGUCGAGCCAGGGAUUGUCAGAGCAACGGCCCACUUGACGGUCGACAACGCUGCGAAGUCCAUUGCUCGAGUCGGUGCCGAGGCGCCAGUGGUUGUCAGUGCACCGGCACCACUGGAUGUCGAGGGCGUUGCGGGGUUAGCUGCGGGAGCGAGUGCCGCAGGCCCGUCGGAACCAACAAACCUGAGAAGUGCUGACUUAACCGCUGAUGAUUGUGAAAGAGGGAGCAGAGACAGCACUUUGCGUGAGUGGACCGAAGAGGAGACGAAACUCCUCUUGGAUAAAUAUCACGCGUAUCUUGGAUUAGUGGGUCCUAUGAAGACUUUCAAAACAAAGAAGGCAAUGUGGAGGGCGAUAUCCCUUGACAUAGAAGAUGCACUCGGGCUACAAAAGUCACCAAAGCAAUGCCAGAACCGCUUCCAAACGGUCAAAAGAAGGACAAGCCAUCAGGACCUCCACAACAGGGCUUCUGGCGCCGAGCCCACCCAAGUGCCGUUCUACCAAAUGGGAAAGAUAGCAGCCGUCGAUCACAGCCUAGAGCCUUAUUUACUUAGAGGGCCGGGAAGAGUGGUAUUCAAAUCCACCUCAGUAAGCACACUGGCCAAAAUGUCAGCUGCAAGAAAGGCAACUAGUAAAGCAAUGUCUGAAAUGAUGUGGAAGAUACAUCAAGACCGCGAGCAACAGAGAGAACGCAGGCAUCAAGAGAAAAUGAAUCUAAUAAGGUCUUUCUUGUCUGCCCAAUAAGAAGACGCCUAAACUGAAAAUAAGGACGGGGUAUGUUGCCAUUCUUUCAAGCUAACAACAAUAACCCAGUAUUGAAACGGAAACCCCAGAACUAGGUACACAACGCAACACAAAUGAUGUCGCCCUUGAGCGUGCUUGAUAGUUCAGAUUAACCUGUUUACACGCGGAGGGAUGGCUAUCGUUGUCCAAUAUGUGUUUUCAUUCCAUGUAUACAAUGUAUUUUUUUUUCUUGUCGACUACAGCAAAGCUUUUGAGCGUAUAUUUUUUUUUCUCACGCGCGGUGUCAAAGGCAGUGCUAAGACAUGCUAAUUUUGUCUAAUGUUUUGAUGCUAUGUAAAAAAAUGUAUUUUUCUGCA